GAGAGGGAAGAAUCAGCUGGCUCCUGGAGAUAGACCUGAGCACACAGAGCCUCCCCACACCUUCAGAUCGGCACCUUGCUGCCCAGGAGCCUCCUCCAGCUAGCCUUCCUUCCCAGUCCGCUAUGGCCACUUCCAGUAGCAGCGCAGGCAUCCGGUGGUCCAGACAGGAGACACGGACGCUUCUCUCCAUACUAGGUGAGGCAGAGUAUAUUCAGCGCCUCCAGACCGUGCAUCACAAUGCAGACGUCUACCAGGCUGUGUCUAAGCGGAUGCAGCAGGAAGGCUUCCGCCGCACCGAGCGUCAGUGCCGCUCCAAGUUCAAAGUCCUGAAGGCAUUAUAUUUAAAGGCCUAUGUGGCCCACGCCACAAGUAUGGGUGAUCCACCACACUGUCCCUUUUAUGAUACGUUGGAUCAGCUUCUCCGCAAUCAGAUAGUGACUGACGCAGACAACUUAACGGAUGAGGCCGCGUGGGCCCAGCACUGUGGUCAGAACUUAGCGGCCCCUGACACCCCAGGGGAAGAGGGAGCCAGCGUUCUGGGAGCAGAAAGGACUCAGGCAGCAGAUCACCAGCCCACCUUGAAAACAGUUAAGGAAUCAGAUGAGGAUUGUCAACUGAGGAUCAGUGACCAGACGCGAGAAACCAGUGACCUUGAGGACUCCUGGGAUGAAUCCUCGGGUGCAGGGUGCUCUCAAGGGACCCCCAGCUACAGCAGCUCCCACCACCUUUUCAGAGGUGCAGCUGCUCCCUGUCAGAGCAGCCCCGUGACCAGACUGGGGGUGUCCGGUGAGCCCAGCCCCUGCACCAGCUCCGUCCGAAACACUCCCAGGGUGGCCUCGGCACAGCAGCCUCCGGUCUCCUCCUCCAGAGUUCCUUUGGUUUCUGGUGGGGAUGGGCCUUUGACCAGUGAGCCCCCUCCCAGGUGGGCAAGGCGAAGAAGGCGGUCCGUGGCCAGGACUAUCGCAGCCGAGUUGGCAGAAAACAGGAGAUUGGCACGAGAACUUUCAAAGCGGGAGGAGGAAAAAUUGGACCGGCUGAUUGCCAUCGGCGAGGAGGCCAGCGCUCAGCAGGACGCCGCCAACGAGCUGCGCAGGGAUGCGGUGGUCGCCGUCAGACGCUUGGCCACAGCGGUGGAAGAGGCGACCGGCGCUUUCCAGCUGGGGCUUGAAAAGUUGCUUCAGAGCUCUGAUGAUCCACAGGCUCAGAAAUACAUCAGGGAUAGUAAAUGUUUAGUCAUUGAAAAAAAUGGGAAAUUACGAUAUGAAAUAGAUACUGGAGAAGAAAAGAAAUUUGUCAGCCCAGAAGAUGUUGCCAGACUGAUAUUUAGCAAAAUGAAAGAAACAGCACAUUUUUUCUUGGGCUCAGAUGCAAAUGAUGUAGUUAUUACUGUUCCAUUUGAUUUUGGAGAAAAACAAAAAAAUGCUCUUGGGGAAGCAGCGAGAGCUGCUGGGUUCAAUGUUUUGCGGUUAAUCCACGAACCAUCUGCAGCUCUUUUGGCUUACGGAAUUGGACAAGACUCCCCCACUGGAAAAAGCAACGUUUUGGUAUUCAAACUUGGAGGAACAUCCUUAUCUAUCAGUGUCAUGGAAGUUAACAGUGGAAUAUAUCGUGUUCUUUCAACAAACACUGAUAAUAACAUUGGAGGUACACAUUUCACAGAAACCUUAGCACAGUACCUAGCUUCUGAGUUUCAGAGAUCCUUCAAACAUGAUGUGAGAGGAAAUGCCCGUGCCAUGGUGAAACUGAUGAACAGUGCUGACACUGCAAAACAUUCUUUGUCAACCUUGGGAAGUGCCAAUUGUUUCCUUGACUCAUUGUAUGAAGGUCAAGAUUUUGACUGCAAUGUGUCCAGAGCAAGAUUUGAACUUCUCUGUUCUCCACUUUUUAAUAAAUGUAUAGAAGCAAUCAGAGAACUCUUAGAACAAAGUGGAUUUACAGCAGAUGAUAUCAACAAGGUUGUCCUUUGUGGAGGGUCUUCUCGAAUCCCAAGGCUACAGCAGAUGAUUAAAGAUCUUUUCCCAGCUGUUGAGCUUCUCAAUUCUAUCCCUCCUGAUGAAGUUAUCCCUAUUGGUGCAGCUAUGGAAGCAGGAAUCCUUAUUGGGAAAGAAAACCUUUUAGUGGAGGACACUCUUAAGAUAGAGUGUUCAGCCAAAGAUAUUUUAGUUAAGGGAGUCGAUGAAUCAGGAGCCAACAGUUUCAAAGUACUGUUUCCGUCAGGGACUCCUUUGCCAGCUCGAAGACAACACACAUUACAGGCUCCUGGAAGUAUAUCCUCAGUGUGUCUUGAACUCUAUGAGUCUGAGGGGAAAAACUCUGCAAAAGAGGAAAACAAGUUUGCACAGGUUGUACUCCAGGAUUUAGAUAAAAAAGAAAAUGGAUUACGUGACAUAUUAGCUGUUCUUACUAUGAAAAGGGAUGGAUCUUUACACGUGACAUGCACGGAUCAAGAGACCGGAAAAUGUGAGGCAAUCACUAUUGAGGUGGCAUCUUAGUGUUUUAGAGAAGCCACGAAUUUUUUAGAACUAAAAUAUCAACAUUAUUUGUUUUGUUUACAAAUGAUGUUUAUAUUAAAAUACUUUUUGAAUGAA